ACUAUGCCGAAGAACUUUCAAAGGAAUUGCAACUACCCGAUGAUGCCUCUGAUCAAGGACCUGACGGCCCUUUGGAUGGCGAAGCGAGUCGAGUUUCCGUAUCGGUGCGAGACGUGCGGCAAGGGAUAUCAGCAUCGCGCCACUCUGGUCAGACACACCAGGCACGAGUGCGGCAAGGAGCCGCAAUUCAAAUGUCCCUAUUGCGCCCAUAGAACCAAGCAGCGGGGCAAUCUUUAUCAACACAUUCGAACCAAUCAUCCUGGCAAGAACGUGUUCUCGAGUAGCAUCUAGAAGGCUCCUCCACUAUUUCUUUCUCUCUCUCCCUAUUUCCUUUUUCUCCAUUUUCUCCUUUCUGCACUUUUCCUUCGAGAAAAGAACGUUGUCGCGUAGCCCACGGAAUAAUCCGUUAGAAAAUUCUGUUCUCGCAUAGAGU